UUGGCUCUACAUCCAUUGUCGUACGGUUACUAAAAAUGAACAAGAAUCUUCUUCAACUUUACUUUGCGGCCAUAAGCAUCGCUGUUUGCUUAGCUGGCCGUGUGCCUGUUACGCGCGGAAAAGCUGAUGGGCAUCAUGUUAAGGCACAUGUAAGUGUCGAUCCUCUUUCAGCUCGAGCUUUGUUGGAUAACAAUUUCGAAAGUGGUUUCGAAGAGCCAUGGUACGAUAGUUCACCCUCUACCGUUCAUUGGGUUGUCGAGGAUUUCACCACUCCAUUCGAAGUGAAUUAUACCGCACCUGCACCGUUGGCCGGCACGAAGUAUUUGCGAGCCAUCCGCAACGAACAACUUGCAGCUGGACUUCUCAUUCUGCGCACGGUGACCUUCACGGCGUAUCCCGGUGACGAGAUUUCGUUUAACUUCUGGAUUCGAUCCAAGUACACUGGAGGCAACACUUUAGAUUUAGUAAUGGCCAUUGGUGAAACGGAGCAAACAUUGGUGUCAUUGACGAGUUAUUCUACUUCAGUUAACUUGGAAUGGCGUCCAAUGAGUGCCCCUCUUCCCGUGUCGGAACCCAUGGACGUGACGCUGAUUUUCUACGCGUUCUGUGGUAGUAACGCAGAGGAUGCGAUUGCCCUUGAUGACAUAACCUUCGCAUCACCCAACGCCCCUACCACUCCCCCAACAACGACCACUACGACGACGAUGGCGACAACUCUGCCACCAGGAGUUUGUGGAGGUACUUUUAUUGAUCCCAGCGGCAUUAUCUCUUCUCCCAACUACCCGCAACCGUACGGAUUCGACGAGUAUUGCGAAUACCUCAUCCAGGUGGCGGAUGGCAAACGUGUCGUCCUCGAUUUCCUUUACUUCAACACCGAAGGUGGAGCUGAUUACGUCACGGUAUACGAUGGAUUGACAACCUCAUCGACUGUGCUGAUACGCGCCAGCGGAUUUAACGACGACUUAAUCACAACAUCAGGCUCCAAUUGCUUGGUCGUUCAUUCCUCCGAUUACCAGAACAGUUUGACCGGCUGGCAGGCAACUUACAGAUCGUUGUAAACAGCUAAACAUCAUGUUGAUUAAGCCAAAGCAAUUAUACGCUCAUCAACAACGUAUAUCAGCGGAGGGUUCCCAACGAUUACAGUACCACAAACUUUAUUUUGAUUUAUUGAAUACACAACAAAGAGCAAUCAACAGUCA